AGAGGCACCUUCCUUCCGGCCGCCGGCAAGCUGCUUCCACUGCAGAUUCUUCUUCUUACUCAGGUCUCCAAGGUCCGGCUGAGUUCUUCUUAACCAACAAGCGAAGACCAAGAAGGGCGCAGCCAUGGAGCUGGUGGUGGGCGCUUCAGGGGCGACGAUGAAGUCCCUCCUGGGUAAGCUGGGUGGCCUCCUGGCCCAGGAGUACACCCUGAUUAGGGGCGUCAACAGCGACCUCCAGUACAUCAACGACGAGCUCGCAACCAUGCAGUCCUUCCUCCGCACCGUCGCUGGAAGCCACGGCAACGACGAGCUGAUGAAGGACUGGAUGAAGCAGAUCCGUGAUGUCACCUAUGAUGUUGAGGACUGCAUCGACGAUUCCGGCCACCGCCUCCAUCGCAUCCGCGCCGACAGGUGCUGCUACUUCCUAGUCAGCAGCGUAUACGAGGUCCUCACUUGGUGGCCUCGCCGCGACGUUGCCGCCAGGAUCUCCGUCCUCAAGGUGCGCGCCCAGCAAAUCGGUGAGCGGCGGCAGCGGUACGGCGUCGACAACCCACAGAGGGCCGGAAGUGGAAGUACCGCCACGGCUGGAUUCGAUGCCGCUGCCAACCAGGACGCAAGCCUUCAGAUCGUUGCCAUGAAGGAACCUGUGGGGGUCGACAAGCACAUGGAGGGGCUCGAGAGGUGGAUCACUGACGAGAACAGUGGCAGUGUGCUGUACAUCGUCGGGUUCGGAGGGGUGGGGAAGACCACCAUCGCCAAAGCCCUGUACAAAAAUUUUGGGGAACAAUUCUCCUACCGUGCCAUGGUCACCGUCUCCCAGAGCUCCGACGUGGAGGCCGUCCUCAGGAGCAUCAAGAGUCAGGUCACGCCGCAGACCGACCACCCCGAGCAGCCCGGUAGCUCGGCAGAGAACCGUCUAGCAGUUGCGGUGAAAGGCGUGCGACGCUGCAUCGGCCAAGGCAAGGCAGCCGUCAUGAACAGGCUCCGCAAUGCCGGCAGCUCAGUGCAAACGACUGACCGCACAAAGCAAGGCAGGCCCAAAGGUGAACUUGAGGACUACUUGGGAGAAAACAGUUACUUGUUCUUAAUUGACGACGUAUGGUCUGCAGCGACGUGGGAUCAGAUUAGAAAGUCACUUCCUCUACAGAACAAAAGAGGCAAAAUAAUAGUUACUACCCGGUUUCAAGCUGUUGCCAUGACGCGGAGAGGAGAAGGCAACAAAGUUUGUCAAGUUGAAGCUCUUAAGGACGACGAAUCUAAGCAGUUGUUUAAGCAGGCCCUCCUUGAAUCCAGAGGAAGAGAAGAUGCUACCACAUCCAAGAGAGAAUCCAGCGAUCCUCGUAAUGAUCGUGUUGUCAAGGCCAAUGAUGGCAACACAUCUGCACUGUUACCUACCCAAGCCGUCUCUGAACCCAAAGGAAGCAAAGAUGACGCUACAAGAUCAAAGACAGAAGACGGCAAUCCUGUCUCUGAAUCCCAAGGAACAGUUCACAAGGAAGUAUGGAGUAUGUGCGGGGGCUUGCCACUGGCCAUCGUUACCAUGGCCGGUCAUGUGGCCUGCAACCCAGGCAAAUCAAAGGAUGAAUGGCUAAAACUUUGCAGCGAUCUAUUUCCAGGACCAGGGAAAGUUGAAGGUAAAGAGGUUGGUAAGAAACGUACCCAAGAGGAAGUGGGAAAGAUUGUCAGCCAUUGCUACGACGACAUGCCUGCUGAAAUCAAGACUUGUUCGCUAUAUUUGAGCAUAUUCCCAAAAGGCCACAGAAUCAGCAGGAAGCGUUUGACACGGCGAUGGAUCGCUGAAGGCUUUGUUAGUGAGAAGCAGGGGCUGACCGUGGAAGAUGUCGCGGAGACAUAUUUCAAUCAUCUCAUCAGGAGGAAAAUCAUCCUUCCAGUGGAUCACAGCAGCAAUGGAAAGGUGAAGUACUGCAUAGUUCAUGACAUGGUUCUUGAGCACAUUGUAGCAAAGGCAAGUGAAGAGAACUUCAUCACUGUUGUUGGUGGUAACUGGCUUAUGCCACCACCAAGCGGCAAGGUUCGCCGACUGUCCCUUCAAGGCACUGAUUCCAAGCGUGCAAAGGAUAUAGAGAAGAUGAACUUGUCUCAUGUCCGUUCACUUACCAUGUUUGGGAGCUUGAACAACCAGUUGUCGUCCCAUUCAUUUAAGUUUGGAAUUGUGCAGGUCCUUGAUCUUGAAGGCUGCAUGGGUUUCAAACAGCAUCACACAAUGGAGAUAUGCAAAAUGCUUCUGCUCAAAUAUCUCAGCCUCCGAGGAACAGAUAUAAAAAGUCUUCCUGAUCGGAUCGGGAAACUCGUGAACUUAGAGACUCUGGACAUAAGGGAAACAAAUGUUGUUGAGUUGCCUAAAGAAGUGUGCCAGCUUGAACAGCUGGUCAACAUACUUGGUGGGAAUAAAAGAACACGGAAGGCACUUAAGCUUCCUGGAGAGCUGAAUAAGAAGAAGAAAAUGAAGGGCCUUCGCAUACUGUCAGGGAUUGAGAUCACUGCAGGAUCAGUGGAUUUCCAUCAUUUGACCGAGCUGAGGAAGCUUGCUAUCUACAAGCUGGUAACCAUGGGGGGUGAUUCGAGUUUCAAAGAAUUAAGAUCCUCUAUUGAAUAUCUUGGUGGCUACUCUCUACACACGCUCAUAAUUGGUGAUGAGUCAUCCGAGUUUAUCAAUUCACUGGAUGAUCUUUCAUCACCCCCAAUAUUCCUUAUUGCCCUUGAGUUAUCUGGCAAGAUGGUUAAGCUUCCCAGAUGGAUCAGACAACUCAGUGCUCUCAACAAGUUAAACCUGCCAAUAACAGCUCUCCGGACGGAUAACCUGAGGCAACUUAGUGAUCUGGAGGAAUUAUUUUCUCUCACCUUCUCAUUUACUGCACAAAAGCAUGAUGCAGAAACCUUGACCAUUCUUUCAGAAAACAAGCUGCAUUCCCAUGGGCAGAUCAAAAUUCCAGACUCAGGAUACAAGAGUCUCAAGCUUCUUCGUUUCGCUGCUCCUCUAUUGCCAUUACUGAGCUUUCCCAAAAAAGCCAUGCCAGAGCUGGAAAUGCUUGAGCUGCGGUUUAACCUGUUGGAGGGCCUUUUUGGCAUAGAGUACCUUGCAAAACUCAAAGACGUGCAUUUGACAUUAGAUGACAAAACCCGCCAAGCAAUGACAAAGAAGAUAGUAGGCGACAUGGAGAAUGCAGCCAAGAAGACCAAAGCCAAGGCACCACCCAGGAUAAUCCUUGAGACAGUGAUUCACUCAAAUUGAAACUAAACCAAACUGUUGUGCUUUGUAAAUCAUCGCGAGUUGAGAAGCAUCAUGUAGUUCAAAACAUGUUCUCACAAUUUUAUUUAAGCUAUUCGUGGCAAACCUAUUUAAAUUGGAAUGAUUGUUCAUUGU